AUGAAAACGGAAGAAAGACCCGAUUUACCAGCUAGAUUUUUCAAGAUUAUUUUGCCCUCAGUUGAUAGCCGUCGAAAACUGAGGAUCCCUGAUAAAUUUGUUGAAAAAUAUGGGCAUGAACUCUCUGAUGUUGUCACACUUACAGAUCCUACCAGUGCUGUUUCCCAUGUCAGAUUGGAAAAGAUUGAAAAGACACUGUGGCUUCACGAUGGCUGGGAAAAGUUUGUGGACGACCACUUCAUCAGUUAUGGGUACUUUUUACUCUUCAAAUACAAAGGGAACUCAACCUUCAAUGUAAAUAUAUUAGACUUGACAGCCACUGAGGUUGACUAUUCACUUAAUAAUAAUCGUAAUUUUGAAAGAACCAAUCACAGUACUCGGAAUUCUAUUUCUGAAAAGGAAGAGAAUAGUGAUGAUGAAUCUGAUGAAGUUUUAGCUUUCUUCCCCGGCAAACCAAAUGAAUGUGGGGUUAGUGCAACAAAUAAUAGAAGACAUUAUCACCAGACUACGCAAGAUUUGUCUUUUUCAUCAGAAGAACUUGCCAUUGAAGUCAAAAAAGGUAAGAGUGAUGCUGCCGAGAGGUCAAAAUCCCAGCAUUGCUAUCGUACACGAAGCAAAUGUAAAAUAGAAGAUGAGAGAAUUAAAACACAGAGCAAAAAACCUAAGAAUAUCACUAUCAAGAAUGUUCAAGAGGCAAUUCCGUGUACAGAAGGCAAUCGGCAAUCUAGUUCAAAUGAAAACCUAUCGUCCUCGCGUAUUAAAAGUGGCCCAAUAAUGAAGACCAUAGAUGCUGCAGCAAAAUAUUUGCCUAUAAAUCCUUCAUUUACCGUCAAAUUGAAACGAAACAAUCUGUCUCCACACUUUUGGAUGUAUGUGCCAGUCGCAUUUUCUCAGUAUAUGCCAAGUGCACCAGGGCUUAUUGUACUUCUUGAUUCAGAUGGCCAGAAGUGGCCGGUCCGUGUCAUGCAAAAAAAGGGGGGUAAGGACAGAUAUCUAUCAAAAGGAUGGAAGGCAUUUGCGAAGCUAAAAAAUCUCAAAGUUGGUAAUACUUGUGUCUUUGAGCUAAUCGACAUCAAUAAACGCAUGCUAAAGGUGGAAACCUUCCACCUUUAG